AUGGCAGCCAAAAGAGAAAAUAAGCUCGCCGAGAAGAAACCCGCCGCCGUGAAAUCUCCGGCGGAGAAGAAGCCCAAGGCCGGGAAGAAGCUACAGAAGGAGGCCGGCGUCGCCGCCGAAAACCAGAAGAAGAAGCGGAACAAGAAGAGCUUGGAGACCUACAUCUUCAUGGUGCUGAAGCAGGUGCACCCCGACAUCGGGUUCUCGAGCACUGUCAUGGGCAUCAUGAACAGCUUCAUCAACGACAUCUUCGAGAAUUUGGUGCAGGAGUCGUCACGCCUCGGCCGCUGCAUAAGAAGCCGACCAUCACACCACCAAAACUCAACACUCCACAAACCUAGAGAAAUAGAAAGAACCGACCCAUCACACCACCAACCAGGAGCAAAAGCAAGCUGA